UGUUUGAACAGUUUGAAUGAUAGUGGUAUCAUGAUGACAUGAACGGACGUAAACAUACUUUUUUGUAAGAAAGGGUUUUCUUCAAAAUUAAUCAAACUUUUUGAAUUUUUAUCAUUUUUUCUUGUUAUGACUAAAAGAGAUCAACUAGAGAGAGAAUUCUGAAUCUGAAACACAUUCCUCAACAAAGCAAUCGUGUUCACUGUUCACUCAGAGAUUCCUCAUCGCCUCAUCGUAACAUCGCAAAUCAUCACAGUGAAGACAGUUUAGGACCUAUAAUCCGCCGGAAUAUGUCAGACUAUGACAAAUGCACCAAGGGUGCUUUAAAAUUGAAAAUAGGCGUUGAUAUGAAAAAGAAAAAGAAAAAUAAGGAAAAGAAAAAAAAGAUCUUGGAACAAAUACCUCAAACUUCGGCAGAAGCAAAACAAAUUCCAGAAAAAUCUGAAAUUAAACUGACAAAGGCUGAAAUUGCGUUUAACAAACAAAAAGAAGAAGUGUUAAAGAAACGAAUUCUAGAACAGGCAUCGAUGACUCAUAAGCAAAAAGUAGAAGUAUUUAAUCGGCAUUUGGACAGUCUCACCGAACAUUUCGAUAUUCCCAAAGUCAGUUGGACUAAAUAAUUGUAUCAUAACUUGUCAAGAUUGUUUAUUUUUAUAAUGCAAAUCAUAAUAACAUAAGCUGUAAAUUUAGUUUUCACAAUUCGAAAAUAAAUUAUAAGAAACAAAUCUAAUGAAAAUACUCAACAUUAUGAGUACAGGAUUUACUCAAAAAUACAUAAAACGUAGUACAUAGUAUAAAAAGCGAUGCGCAGUAACCAUUCAACAUGUACAUUAUUCGUCUGUGGUUCAUACGGGAUUCAAUUCAAAAUUCUGAUUAACAGAAAGUCGCGUAGGUAUUACUGCAAAUUAUACAGUACCAACAUUUAAAAUAAACAAUUAAUAUUUAAUUUGGUACCAUCGAGCAU